CAUAAAUACCGUGUUUCAGGUCUCUAUAUUCAUCAGUUCAUUUUUGUACUCAGUUAUCGAGCAUUUCGAUUCAACAAACACAAAAUAAUCAAUAAAAUGGCCGCUAAGUUGAUCAUCUUCGCCGCUUGCGUGGCUUCUGCUCUCGCCCAAUACCCCGCCCCAGCUUACAAGCCCGCUUACUCGGCACCAGCUUACUCCGCACCAAAGGCCUACGCUCCAGAACCCGCAUACGCCCCAGCCCCAUACAACUUCGAAUACAGCGUAAACGACCCACACACCUACGACGUCAAGAGCCAAUCCGAAUACGCCGACGGUAACGGUUACGUCAAAGGAUCUUACAGCCUUUUGGAAGCCGACGGUUCCACCCGCGUCGUCGAAUACACCGCCGAUGACUACAACGGUUUCAACGCCGAAGUCAAGAAAAUCGAAGGAGGAUACAAGGCCCCAUACAGCGCACCGGCCUACAAGCCCGCUUACCCAGCACCAGCUGCCUACCCAGCACCAGCUUACCCAGCACCGGCUUACAAACCAGCCCCAUACAAGCCAGCUUAUUAAUUUCUUCCUCAAACGAUGAUGUUGAUAUAAUAAUUAUUAUUAUUUAUAUCACAUUUGUAACCGUAUUAUUAUAGUACGAUAUAAUGCUAUAUCGUCGUUCCACCUUCUUCUGACUGUCCCGAUCAGCUGUUACACGGUUCCACUGUUUCGGAUCCCGCUCACCAGUUGUUUGUAUUAUUGUCAUUGACUCAUUUGUUUUUACUUAAAUGAUUGUGUACAUUAACGUGUAAAUAAAUCAUUCAUCAUAUUCACCAAAAAA